AUGAACCAGGCGGAUCAAGCUGUUGAGCAACUUGCUCAAUUAUCUACGAAAGAAUCGAAGAAGGAUCAAGUCAUUACACCAUGGGAUGUCAAUGGUGCUGUCGAUGAUAAAGGUGUUGCCCAGUCUAUCGACUACGACAAAUUAAUAACACAAUUUGGUACCAAGCGCAUCUCAGAUGAAUUAUUGCAAAGAUUUGAAAGUGUUACAGGCCAUAAACCUCACCAUUAUCUGCGUAAGGGACUCUUUUUUAGUGAACGUGAUGUCUCGAAGAUUUUAGAUCUCUACGAGCAAGGGAAGCCUUUUUUCCUUUAUACAGGUAGAGGACCUUCCAGUGACUCUGUGCAUUUGGGACACAUGAUUCCAUUUAUUUUUACCAAAUGGCUUCAGGAUGUCUUUGAUGUGCCAUUAGUUAUCGAACUGACUGAUGAUGAAAAGUUUCUGUUCAAGCAAAAAUUGACUAUUGAAGACGUCAAGGGAUUCUCCAAGGAAAAUUGUAAAGAUAUCAUUGCCGUUGGUUUCAAUCCUGAGAACACCUUUAUCUUUUCCGAUUUGGAGUACAUGGGUAGUGGAUUCUAUGAAACCGUUGUUAGAGUUUCUAGACAAAUUACAGGUUCAACUGCCAAGGCAGUAUUUGGAUUCAAUGAUUCUGAUAAUAUUGGUAAAUUCCAUUUUGCUUCCAUCCAAAUUGCUUCAUCAUUCCCCAGCUCUUAUCCAGAUGUAUUGGGAUUGCCUCCAAAGACUCCAUGUUUAAUUCCUUGUGCCAUUGAUCAAGAUCCAUAUUUCAGGGUUUGUAGAGAUGUGGCAGAAAAAUUGAAAUUUAGUAAGCCUGCGUUAAUGCAUGCUAAGUUUUUCCCAGCUUUACAAGGCUCCACUACCAAGAUGUCUGCUUCUGACGAUACUAGUGCCAUCUUUAUGACUGAUACGCCUAAACAAAUCCAAAAGAAGAUUAACAAGUAUGCUUUCAGUGGUGGUCAAGUGAGUAUGGAGCAGCACAGAGAAUUAGGUGGUAAUCCUGAUAUCGAUGUUGCAUACCAAUAUUUAUCUUUCUUCAAAGAUGAUGAUGAAUUAUUAGCUCGUUUGGCCAAAGAUUACAAAUCUGGUGACCUCUUGUCAGGUGAAAUGAAGAAAGAGUGCAUUGGUGUUUUACAAGAGUUCGUCAAAGGAUUUCAAGAACGUAGAGCUAAAGUAGACGAAUCUGUUUUGGAAAGUUUUAUGAAACCACAUAAGUUAGUUUGGGGUCAAAAAGAGCGUCUAGUCCCCGUCAAGGAAGCACCUCCUAAAGGUAAGAAAUAA